ACUCUUGGCCUAACACGACCUGGAUUCGAAAGGCAAAAUGAAGUUAUUUAAAGCUAUUCAUAAUAGCCCAAUUCCAGUCAAUUAGUUAACACUAACUUUAAAUAGAAGCAGCAAAUUUGGAGAAAAUAUCAUUCGAUUUAAAUUUAAACCAAACUUGUGUUCGAAACCAACUAACCUAGCUCCGUUAAGUGCAUCUAUGAGUAUGAUAUCAAAAUCAAAGUUCAGUUCGUGGGUUUCUUAUCUUUGACAUUUGAAAAAGAUCCAGACCUGUAAUAGCCUACACACCCAAUGAAUAGCUAAUGAAAAGACAAUGACUCUGUACCGACUGCUGGGUCCUGUCGCCUUAAUUGAAAUAAAUAAUCCGCCUGUAAACGCACUCAGUUCAUCUGUACGACAGGGAUUGGAAAAUGGCAUCAAGAAGUCUGCUAGAGAUGCGAGGGUCAAGGCCAUUGUUAUUUCUGGAAAGGACCAGACUUUCAUUGCUGGUGCUGAUAUCAAAGAAUUUGGAAAAUUCAGGCAAAGUCCAUCUCUCACUGAGGUUGGUCGAGUUAUUGAAGCGAGUCAGAAACCCGUAGUAGCUGCUAUAGCUGGCGUAGCACUCGGAGGUGGACUGGAGAUAGCGUUAUUCUGUCACUACAGGCUAGCAGUGAAGUCUGCCAAAGUUGGAUUUCCUGAAGUUCAGCUUGGUAUUCUACCUGGAGGGGAGGGAACCCAGAGACUGCCUCGACUUACUGGGCUGCCUGUUGCUAUGGAGAUGAUCAUGACCGGUCGCCAUGUCCCUGCAACUGAGGCAUUCAGAUAUGGAAUACUUGAUAAGCUUAUUGAUAAAAAUAUUGUUGAAGAAUCUAUGAAGUUUGCCCUGUCUGUUAUCAACUCUCCACAUGAAACAAGAAGACUUAGAAAUAUGCCAGUGAAGGGCAUAGAAAAUGUACCUGCCAUUGUUAAUGAUGCUCUUGCCUUGGCUAGAAGAAGAUAUAAGGGUUUUAUAGCUCCAGUUUUCAAGCAUGCUGUCCUGGGCACAUACCUCAAAACUAUCUUAGCUGUCUCUACAGGACAGGGGUCAAAGACAUGCAUCAAAGCAGUUCGGGCAUCAGUGGAGCUUCCCUUUGAGAAAGGUUGUGAGCGGGAGAAAGAGUUGUUUCAAGAACUGAUCACUUCAGGUCAGGCCAAAGCUAUGAUGUACGCCUUCUUUGCAGAACGGGCAGCUUCCAAGUGGCAGUUACCAUCUGGUGAGAAUUCAACCAAUACCAAUCCACUUCCUGUGAAAACAACAGCUGUGAUUGGUGCAGGGACUAUGGGAAGUGGGAUUGCUGUGUCACUUCUGACUUCUGGUUUUCCUGUCAUUUUGUUAGAGCAAAAUAAGCAGCAACUUGACAAAGGUGUGCAGACGAUCCAUGCCAUACUUGAGAGGAGCAUGAGAUCCAAGAGGCUGACACCUGAUGGAAUGAAGAAGUGUUUGUCUCUUCUUACUCCUGCUGAUGACAUCGACUGUCUCAAACACGUAGAUCUGGUCAUUGAAGCAGUAUUUGAAAACCUGGAUUUGAAGAAGGAAAUCUUUGCCAAACUGGACACAAUUUGCAAGAAGGAUGCUGUUUUGUGCACCAACACAUCCACUCUUGACAUAGACAAGAUUGCUUCUGCUACCACCAGACCUGACAAAGUUGUUGGAAGUCAUUUUUUCGCACCAGCGUUCAUUAUGCGUCUUCUGGAGAAUGUUUAUGGAUCAAAGACAUCAGGAACUACUGUUUCCACAGUGAUGCAGUUGGGGAAGAAAAUGGGAAAAGUACCGGUGUUGGUGGGAACCUGUCAUGGUUUUGUAGCAAACAGAACAUUAAUGAAGUACUCUGCAGAGACCAGGUUCUUGCUGGAAGAAGGUGCUCUCCCACAUGAGGUGGACCAAGCAAUGGAAGAUUUUGGGAUGGCCAUGGGACGUUUCAGAACGAGUGACCUUUCAGGAAUAGAUGUUGGUUACAGAAUUUUCCACGAGCAAGCAAAAGCAGAGGGUUACACUGUAACCAUGGAAACUCGGCAUGUUGGUGGAGAACGAUACUGUUCAUUGCCACAUAAGUUGUAUAACCUACAGAGACUGGGUCAGAAAACAGGUAAAGGUUGGUACCGAUAUGACAAGCCAGGAGGUAAGCAGGCAAUGGUUGAUGAGGAAGUAACACAGCUCAUUCUAGACCAUUCCACAAAACUCGGCAUUGUCCGUAGAAAGAUAUCCGCACAGGAAAUUGUUGAGCGUUGUUUGUUUGCUGUAAUCAGUGAAGCCUUCCAUUGUUUGGAGGAUGGGGUAGUAGCCAAGGCAGAAGACGUUGAUGUCAUCUGGUUGUAUGGUUUGGGUUUCCCUCGUUACCGUGGUGGUCCCUUGUUUUAUGCAAGUCAGCUUGGCUUAAAGAAAGUGUACGAUCGCAUUUGUUACUAUCACAAACAGUUUCCUGAUGUCUCUCAUUGGAUGCCCAGUGAGUUGUUCCGAAGACUGGCUUUGGCUGAGAAUAAUACUCCUAUGAGUUCAUGGAAUCUGAAGGCAUCCAGCAAGCUGUAGGUCAUCCGACCUGCAAAAAACAGUUCAAAAUGGCUGUAGUCAUGUUGUCUGAUGUUUGGAAAUCAUCCAGAUUCUGCCCUACUCCAUGAAUACCUGGGGCUGAUGCUGAUUUUCUAUGGAGGGGGUCACAACUUUAAAAAAGGACCUUCUACACAGUGAUAAUAAACACAAUUGUUUUUACUUAGCAUCCUUCAACCGGACUUCCAAUAUUUUCACUUGUACAUAUAAGUGGUUUGUCUAUAUUCAAGUGUAUUAGCAAAGUUUCCAAUUGCUCAAAAUCAAACUGAUUUGUAAAUCUUUACUUGUCCACCAGAUAACCAUUGAGUAACAUUUGUGCUUGUCCAAGCAGAUUUUCACUUUCAGGGACAAGUGGACAAGAGCUGAUUGUAAGUGCUUAUUGCCUUGUGAUUGAAAUUUCAGUUAUACAAUUAUUGGUUAAUGUUAUGUGAACUUAUGAAGGAUUUGAAUUAUUAGGAUCAUGGACCUAUUGUCAUGUUCACAUAGAUAGACCCUACAUUUUGCUAAUUUUAUCUUUAAUAUCAAUUCAUUAUUUGUUUUCUUUAUGUACACAUGACAACAGGCCCAAACUCCAGCACAAUUUUAUCACAUAAACUAGGAACAGUUAUAGUUGACAUUUUCAGCAACAAUCUGUUAUGAACUUUGAUAAUCGAUCAUCACAUCGGUAAUGUGAGUGCGAUAUAUUUUAACAUGCUCGUGUACCACUAAGGUUUCGAGCAUAUCUAUCCCAGGUCCUGUCUCUGAAUAGCCAAAAGCCUGAUCAGGGACAGAACACAUCGGUAGAGUGUGAGUGCAAUAUAUUUUAACAUGCUCGUGUACCACUAAGGUUUCGAGCAUAUCUGUCCCAGAUCUCGUCUCUGGAUAGCCAGAAGCCUGAUUCGGGACAGAACACAUCGGUAGAGCUCAACUGAUCAUUUUUCAAUUAUAAUCAAUCACUGAAAGAUCACUAAUCUACUCAACUAAAAAACCAAAUCGUCCUAAAUUCAUUAUCUUCAUGUUUCAAACUUUAGAGGAAGGCGUUCACGACCCCAACAUCCACAUCUUAAAUCCAUACCUGAGCGGCAGGACAUAGCCCAGUGGUAAAGCGUUUGCUUGAUGCGCGGUUGUUAUGGGAUCGAUCACUGUCAUUGAGCUAGUUUUCGCUCCAGCCAGUGCACCACAUCUGGUAUAUCAAAGGCCGUUGUAUGUGUUAUCCUGUCUGUGGGAUGGUGCAUAUAAAAUAUCCCUUGCUGCUAAUCGAAAAGAGUAGCCCAUGAAGUGGUGACAGCGGGUUUCCUCUCUCAAUAUCUGUGUGUUCCUUAACCAUAUGUCCGAUGCCAUAUAACCGUAAAUAAAAUGUGUUGAGUGCGUCGUUAAAUAAAACCUUUCCUUUCCAUUCCAUACCUGAGCAUGUGCAAAGACUUUCCAACUACAUUUGGAGAGGCAGGAACAAGUUUUCAAUGUAAUGAGGUAUUACUCAUUCAUUUCCAGUUAAUUACAUCAUUAGUUAAAUGAAUUAAGACAAGAAUUUCAAUAGAACAAAAAGCUUCAAUGAUGUUCAUUCAUGUAUACCAGUCAUAAGCUUUACUUUACUGUUGCCUCGGUAGAGGUUUGGGAGAGGCUAAGCGUUAUGUCAUGUUUGUCCUUUUGUGUUUGUACCAGUCUUGGUGGCAUCGUGGUUAGGCCAUUGGUCUCCAAACCCUGAGUGGGUCUAGGCUCAAUGGGUAGGUGUAAACCACUUGCACCGACCAGUGGUCCAUAACUGGUUCAACAAAGGCGUCGUUAAAUAAAACAAACUUUACUUCUUAUUUUUUUGUGUUUGUAGGCUCAUAACAGGAACAGGGUUGAGGCUGUUGGGUCCCACACUCGACAUAAAUGUUUUGGUGUGUUUUUUUGCUCAACUCUAUAUAAAUAAAGAUAACAAUAUGCAUUUCCCCUUAACUAGAGAUUGUGACCCCCACUCCAGACACCGUUCAUGUGGGUCUGGUUUGUUAUUUUUUUUUUUUGUAUGGUAAUAGUGGAACAUGAAAAGAGCAUGUUAGAGACUAUUUCUCAAAUGACGUCACACGCAUACUAGUUGUAUGGCGUUGUCUCAGACUCUAUUAGAGUCUCGGGUUCAGACUAAAAGUUUUAUAAGCACGGGCCCAGGUCUAUGGUAUACUAAAAGAAAACUUAGACGAUUUGUAUGUACAACUAAAUCUAAGCAUAAUUGUGCAGAAUCAUAAUAAUUUCAGCUUCUAUACCACUUUUAUAUAAUAUGGUAUAUUUAUACAAAGUGUAUAUUUUUAUUAUUAAAAAUAUUAUAGUACAA